AAAGAAACGUUUAAGUGGCUCGAAUGGUCAAUUGAGUCACAACCACCAACCACUUCACACAAAUCACAAUCACAAUGAUAUGGGCAAGGAUCAGACCGCUAAUAUCCUCACCACUAGCCUUCACUAUCACCACAACCAAACACUCCUCCUCACCAGCCAAUCUCCGAUUACUCCCUCGCCGCCGCUCUUUCUCCGCCGUAACCGCCAUGUCUUCUUCUUCAACGCCACAGAGUCGGAUCAUAGAACACAUCGUUCUUUUUAAAGCUAAAGACGACGCUGACUCCAACAAAAUCACUUCCAUGAUCAACAACCUCAACGCUCUCGCCUCUCUCGACGAAGUGCUUUACAUCUCCGCCGCUCCUCUCCACCGUCUUGGAUCCUCCUCCGCCUUCGCUUUCACUCACGUCCUCCAUAGCCGUUACGGAUCUAAGGAAGAUCUCAGCACCUACGCUGCGCAUCCUGAUCACGUUCGUGUUGUUAAGGAAUCUGUGUUACCGAUCUGCGAUGACCUCAUGGCUGUUGAUUGGAUCGCGGAUCGAGUCCCCGGAACCCUAGCACCGCCUCCUGGUUCGGUUGGUAAACUGACUUUACUCAAAUUGAAAGAGGAUGUAUCAGACGAGGCGAAAUCGGAGAUUACGGGAGUGAUUAUGGGGCUUGGUGAAAAGUUUUCAGGGAUUGAUCAGAUCACUGUGGGUGAAAACUUUUCUCCGGCGAGAGCUAAAGGUUUCUCCAUUGCUUCGAUUGCGUAUUUUAAGGAUUUGAGUGAAAUGGAAGGUGUGGAUGGUCAGAAAGAGUUGGUGAACUUGGAAAAGGAUAAGGUUCGUGAUUAUGUGGAUUCCACCAUUGUUGUUGAGUUCCUUGUUUCUUCACAGACUUGUUCUAGUCUGUAAGAAAGGUUUUUAUAGAUUUCAAUCCUUUGAAAUAAGCACUUUUGGGACUUUUAUUUGUUUCACAUUGUUGUCUCUGCAAUUUGAGAAUAAAAAGCUUGUUUGAUUAGAAGAUCUGAGUGUGAACUUUUUAAAGCAAGCCUUCUUGAGCAAUCUCUGGUUAAGCUAUCGUA